AUGGCCUCGAGCAACCUAGCAACCUCUUCAUCCACUGCUCCAACUUCUAAGACUCUGGCUCAACUUUCAAGUUCGCAGUUUCCACUGCCUACAUUGACCUCUCCACCAUCGUCGGGCCCUCCUCAAUUACCAGCACCUUCUUCCCCCCCGUCUUUGGAAGUGCCGAAACCACUCUUUUCAGGUCAAAAGUCCACUAGGUCAUUGACUAUUUGGGAGGAAGUUCUCUGUAAAGUCAACAAAGAUACUGAAGAAUGGAUUCAGAAACACGGGCUCAGUUGCCUGGCUUCGGUAGUAGAAAAGCCAGAAGAUCAGAUAAAACAGCUUAUUGAUCUUAUUGAAAAGAAAAAAAAGAAGUUUGAGGAUAAGGACUCGCCAAUGAAGAUCAAGAUUGGCAAUCAAGAAAUCAUUUUUCGAGCAUAUAUUGCCGAUGUCAUCGGUUUCCUUACCUUCGCUGGAGACGUUGCCAUGAACUUCGCGCCGCCACAAGCAAGUGCUCCUUGGGCUGCCGCAAAGGCAGCGCUGAAAAUCCCAAUUAAACAGAUUGAGCAAAUGGCUGCCCUUGCUGGAAUAAUUCAGCUGUUCACUCGUAUUGUCCGCCGAGCAAGACUCGAUGUGACUUCAUCGCCAAUGACACAAAUUGACGAAGGAGUCGCCAAACUACUUGAGAAUGUUAACAAUGAGAAUAAUAAGCUAGAGAAGCUUAUGGACUUUAUAAGCUCUGAACAAUUCGGAAAAGGCCACGUUACAAUGAAAGAUACAAGAAUACAAGGUACAGGCGAUUGGCUUAUAGACCAUGAAAGCUUUCGAGAAUGGCAGGCUAUUGCUUCGUCAUCAACACUAUUAUGCCUCAAGGGAACAGUCGGCACCGGCAAAACCUACCUCACAUCUCGUGUGAUCGAUCGUAUGAUACAAACAUUGGAAGCAUCUACCCAUGACGAAGGAUUUGCCUUUUUCUAUUGCAACCGAUCUGGAUCGGCCAUGCAAGAUCCACUUAUUGUCCUCCGAAGCUUUGUUCGUCAGCUAUCCUACAAGGCAAACAACUAUGACUAUAUUCAGAGCAACGUCAUCCAAAGAUGUGAAAAAGCAAAACAAGAAGGGAGAAGCUUAAGCUAUACAGACUGCAAAGACCUCAUCUUGAAGUCCAUGAAUCUCUAUUCAAAGACAACCAUUAUCCUCGACGCUUUAGAUGAAUCCGACAUCUCAUAUUAA